AUGAUAUCACAGUUCCUGGGCGGGCUUUGAACUGUCAUCUUCUAGUAGGUUCGAGAAGACGCGUGGAAAAGGCCGGAGAGCAGCAAUGGAGCAGGCAAGCGAAUUAAAGGAGAAAGGCAACAAAGCUCUUUCAGCUGGAAAUUUGGAUGAAGCGGUGAAAUACUACACAGAAGCUAUCAAACUAGACCCCCAAAGCCAUGUGUUGUAUAGUAACCGCUCUGCAGCCUAUGCCAAAAAGAGAGAAUAUGCCAAAGCGCUGGAAGAUGGCUGCAAAACAGUUGAGCUCAAACCCGAUUGGGGCAAGGGGUAUUCAAGAAAAGCUGCAGCUCUGGAAUUUCUUAAUCGCUUUGAAGAGGCAAAGAAAACCUAUGAGGAGGGCCUAAGACAUGAGCCAACAAAUGCACAACUGAAAGAGGGUCUGCAGAACAUGGAAGCAAGGCUUGCUGAGAGGAAGUUUAUGAAUCCUUUCAAUUCCCCCAACUUAUUCCAGAAACUUGAAUCUGACCCACGUACACGAGCCCUCCUUAGUGACCCCAGUUACAAAGAGUUGAUAGAGCAACUGCGAAACAAGCCAUCUGAUCUUGGCACGAAACUGCAGGAUCCACGAGUCAUGACAACUCUAAGUGUGCUACUUGGAGUGGAUCUUGGAAGUGUUGAUGAUGAAGAAGAGGAACCUCCCGCACCACCUCCCCCUCAACCUCAAAAGAAGACAAAGCCUGAGCCAAUGGAAGAAGAUCUUCCUGAAAACAAAAAGCAGGCUCAGAAGGAGAAAGAGCUAGGCAAUGAAGCUUACAAGAAGAGAGAUUUUGAUACGGCUCUGAAACAUUACGGACAGGCCAGGGAACUUGAUCCAACUAACAUGGCCUAUAUUACAAAUCAGGCAGCUGUAUAUUUUGAACAAGGGAAUUACAAUCAGUGCAGAGAGUUAUGUGAGACAGCCAUUGAAGUAGGAAGAGAAAAUCGUGAGGACUAUCGACAGAUUGCCAAAGCGUAUGCCCGCAUUGGAAACUCAUAUUACAAAGAAGAGCAAUACAAAGAGGCAGUUCACUUCUAUAACAAAUGUCUAGCAGAGCACAGAACGCCAGAAGUAAUCAAGAAAUGUCAGCAGGCAGAGAAAAUUCUAAAAGAACAAGAGCGUCUUGCAUACAUCAAUCCUGAGCUUGCUGUGGAGGCAAAGAAUCUGGGCAAUGAAGCCUUUCAAAAAGGAGAUUACCCACAAGCAAUGAAACAGUACUCCGAGGCAAUUAAGAGGAAUCCUAAAGAUGCCAAACUGUACAGCAACAGAGCAGCAUGUUACACCAAACUAUUGGAGUUCCAGCUCGCAGUUAAGGAUUGUGAAGAGUGUAUAAGACUGGAACCCACAUUCAUAAAAGGCUACACUCGCAAGGCUGCAGCGCUGGAGGCCAUGAAAGAUUACACGAAGGCUAUGGAUGUUUAUCAGAAAGCCCUGGAGCUGGACUCUGCGUGCAAGGAAGCGACUGAUGGAUAUCAGAGGUGCAUGAUGUCACAGUAUCACCGGAAUGACAGUCCUGAGGAUGUAAAGCGUAGAGCAAUGGGUGAUCCAGAAGUGCAACAGAUCAUGAGUGACCCAGCAAUGAGACUUAUACUGGAACAGAUGCAGAAGGACCCACAAGCACUGAGCGAACACUUGAAGAACCCAGGUAUUGCCCAGAAAAUUCAAAAACUGAUGGAUGUUGGUUUAAUUGCCAUCCGGUGAUGACUCCUCCAUCCCCUCACACCUCCCCUCAUGUUAAGAGUUGGUCGCCCUUCUCCUUUGCCGGCAUCCCCUUUUCUGCUCUCCCCACAUGAAGAGCCAACAGAGAGCUGUGGGACAUUCUUGAUACAACAAUGUACGUGGGGAGAUCCAUGCCUCAGACACCAUCUCCUUUCUUGCUCUUGUUCUGUCAAUCUUUCCCAAUUGUUAGUUUAUGGACUGUAAUAAUGUUAAUAAAGAGCUGCACGUGGACA